AUGUCAUCUCUCAUGGUUCCUCUCAUGGUUCUACUCAUGGUUCCUCUCAUGGUUCUACUCAUGGUUCCUCUCAUGGUUCUACUCAUGGUUCCUCUCAUGCUUCUACUCAUGGUUCCUCUCAUGGUUAUAGUCAUGGUCCAGGCCCACAGUCGUUGGGUUUUGCAGUCGCCUUUUCCUCACCCCCACAGCCCACUCCUCUCCCACAUUGACCACACACUGGACACGCUGGACACAGUUCUGACCCAGAGCCAAAGUCCCUUCAGACCAAAGGGCUCUGAUCACAGGGACUCCCCCGUCCUCUCCGCCGCGCUGAGACGUUGA